AUUUUAUGAGCCCGUGAACUGAAGAGUGAGCGAGAUUUGUCCAUGCUGCUCGAGCGACCGACGGUAUUUUUCUGAAUAUUUCAAGAUGUCGACUACUAAACCUCUUGUUGUAGGGGGAGAAAGAACGACUGGUGCUACUGUACGCACUCAGAAUGUCAUGGCAGCAGCUGCAGUUGCUAACAUCGUGAAAAGUUCACUUGGUCCAGUUGGUUUAGACAAAAUGUUGGUUGAUGAUGUUGGUGAUGUCACAGUUACUAAUGAUGGAGCCACCAUUCUCAAACUGUUGGAGGUAGAGCACCCAGCAGCAAAGGUCUUGGUGGAAUUGGCAGAUCUCCAAGAUCAAGAAGUAGGGGAUGGCACUACAUCAGUAGUAAUAAUUGCUGCCGAGCUUCUAAAACAUGCAGAUGAGUUAGUGAAACAGAAGAUUCAUCCCACAACUAUUAUUAGUGGCUACAGACUGGCUUGCAAGGAAGCCUGUAAAUACAUUCAAGAGCAUCUCACUAUUAGUACAGAAGAUCUUGGAAGAGAAAGUGUCAUCAAUGCUGCCAAGACCGCCAUGUCAUCAAAAUUAAUUGGAAGGGAUUCAGAUUUCUGGGCUAAUUUACUGGUGGAUGCAACGAUGGCUAUUAAAACCACAGAUGCGAAGGGUAGUGUACGGUACCCAAUCAAGGCUAUUAAUAUCUUGAAGGCGCAUGGCCGCAGCAGUACUGAGAGUAAGCUAAUCAAUGGAUAUGCUCUCAACUGUACUGUGGCCUCGCAAGCCAUGAAGAAGCAGGUUCAGAAUGCUAAGAUUGCAUGUCUAGACUUCAGUCUUCAGAAAGCAAAAAUGCAUCUAGGGGUUCAUGUUAUUGUUGAAGAUCCUGAGAAAUUAGAUGCUAUCAGACAGAGGGAAUCUGACAUCACUAAAGAACGUAUUCAGAAGAUUGUCGGUGCCGGGGCUAAUGUCAUCCUUACCACUGGGGGUAUCGAUGACCUUUGUCUAAAGUAUUUUGUAGAGUCUGGUGCAAUGGCUGUCAGGCGGUGCAGGAAACAGGAUCUGAAGAGGAUAGCUAAAGCAACUGGAGCACAAUUGUUGGUAACCUUAGCUAAUUUGGAAGGCGAGGAGAGCUUUGAUGCCAGCAUGCUAGGCCAUGCUGAAGCCGUUGUCCAGGAGAGAGUCUGCGAUGAUGAACUUAUCCUAAUCAAAUCACCCAAAGUAAAAAGUGCGGCAUCCGUCAUCCUGCGAGGAGCCAAUGACUUCCAGUGCGAUGAGAUGGAGAGGUCAGUCCAUGAUGCAUUGUGUGUUAUAAAAAGAGUGCUGGAAAGCAAGACUGUGGUACCAGGAGGAGGAGCUGUCGAGGCUGCUCUUUCUAUUUACUUGGAGAACCUGGCGACCUCACUGAGUUCUCGUGAGCAGUUGGCGAUUGCAGAGUUUGCCAAUUCUUUACUGGUGAUACCCAAGAUCCUGGCAGUGAAUGCUGCUAAAGAUUCCAUUGACCUGGUGGCUAAGCUGAGGGCCUACCACAACCUGUCCCAAGUGAAGGCUGAUAAAGCUCACCUCAAGUGGGUUGGCCUUGAUUUAUAUGAAGGAGUAGUAAGGGACAAUAAACAAGCUGGAGUCUUUGAGCCUGGUAUUUGCAAGAUUAAGUCACUCAAGUUCGCUACCGAGGCAGCUAUCACAAUCCUGCGUAUUGACGACUUGAUCAAACUCGCCCCAGAAGAAAAAGAGAAGUCUUACAAUGAUGCAGUCAGAGCUGGGGAACUCAGUGGAUGAACAAAAGUAUUAAAUUACUGAAGAGGAAUUGAAAGGGCCAGUUGGGACGCAAAAAAAUAUGCCACAUAAAUUAAUAUAAUGGCUUUUAAUGGAUGCCUCUCUCCAUGAUUGUUAGGUUGUAUUGGACCCUUAUGUUGCAGGGAUUUUGAAGGAAGCUUGUAUGUAAAACGUAAACCAAAUUUGUGUGCCGUGAUUUGUGUUUAGUCAAUUUAUCAAAACCAAUAUUGUAAUGAUCCAUGCUCUGACAUUAUUUCAACUCCAAUAGAUAACAUGUAUUCUGCUGCUAUGUUUUUAUGUGAAUUUAGUAUAAGUCUCCCUUUGGGUCUCUUUAAUUUUUUGCCUGUAGGUCACAGGUACCAAAAGCUGGGCAACAAAAUACUGCAAUAAAGCAAAAACAAAACAAUUGUUACAGGGUGUAGAGUGUACACCUGCUUGUGUAUUAGAAAGCUUUGGUGCAUUUGGUAAACAUUGUUACAGGCCACCAACUAAGUAAAUGGCUAUGUGAAUGUUUUUUUUUUGUAUUGUGAUGGAGCCAGCAAUGGAGCUAUAGAAAUAAAUAAUUGCAUACAGUA